AUGCAAUUUAUGUUGUUAUUUAGCCGACAAGGCAAAUUACGUUUACAAAAAUGGUACAAUGCUCAUCCAGACAAACUAAAGAAAAAAAUUACGAGGGAGUUAAUCACAACGAUUUUGGCUAGAAAACCGAAAAUGUGCAGCUUUUUGGAAUGGAGGGACCUAAAAAUUGUCUACAAAAGAUAUGCCAGUUUGUAUUUCUGUUGUGCAAUUGAGCAAGAUGAUAAUGAGCUCCUAACAUUGGAAAUUAUACAUCGAUAUGUUGAACUGUUGGAUAAAUAUUUUGGAAGUGUGUGUGAGUUGGAUAUCAUUUUUAACUUUGAAAAGGCCUAUUUUAUACUUGAUGAACUACUGCUUGGAGGUGAGAUACAAGAAACCAGUAAGAAGAACGUCUUAAAGGCAAUAGCUGCUCAGGAUUUGUUACAAGAGGAGGAAACCCCCCAAGGAUUUUUUGAUGACCACGGGCUCGGCUAA